AUGGCGAGCUCACGCAGAGCGGACCGGCUCCUCUUCCUCCCCCUCGCGUUGCUGCACCUCCUCUCCUGCUGCCCGCACACCGCCAGCGGCGCGCCCAACACGGCACCGCUCUCCGUGCUGUGCAACGGCGCGGCGUACGGCGCCGGGGACCCCUUCGCGGAGAGCCUCGCGUACGUGCUGGCCGACCUGCUGGCCGCCACGCCGCAGUCCCGCUCCCGCGACGCGUACAGCGUCUCCCCGUACCCGAACGCGUUCGCCUACGGCCACGCCGCGUGCCGCGCCGGGCUGUCGGGCGCGGACUGCGCGAGCUGCCUCGGCUCCGCCGUCAGCCAGAUGAACGCCACCUGCGGCCACGCCGUCGGCGCGAGGGCCGUGCUCGUGGACUGCAGCGUACGGUACGAGCAGUACGCCUUCGUGGCUUAGCUACCGCCCGGCCGGCCGGCGUUCUGUGUUGGUACGUCCGCCUAGGUGUGUGUAGCCUUUGGUUUGGCUGAUUUGGUCUGCGGAUUCGCUUUAAGAUUCUACGGUGAAAUAUGUGUUGUGCAGUUUGGCUCUGGAGAUGUGUUUUACAGGAAUAAUGAUACA